AUGGAUUCUAACUUACAAGGAAACGGAGGUGAAACUUCAAGGAAAUUGCCUAUCCUGAAUUCCUCGCAACAGCAUGCUUUUAUCAAGCCAGUAAAGAGGAUACAUGAAGGUCACGAUGUCCCCUCCUUCCUGACAUCGCAAGCAUAUCGUGAUAUUGGCAUCUUCGUCAUGCAGCUCAACAUAGCUAUCUGUCCCAAAAAAUCACCUGAACCCGGCCAAAGUCAAAGCUGGCAGUUGGAUUCUGCUAUCACUCUGUCUGAGCCUGUUCGAAAAUUGCAAGAAUUGCUGCAAAGUAUAGAUGCCAUUAUCGAAGAGGCUCCUCCUGAUACAGGACCUCGAAGAUUUGGAAACGUCAGUUUCAGGAAGUGGUACGAGAUUCUAGAGUCGCGUAUCUCAGCACUCCUCAAGACACAUCUUCCAACGAAUGUUCUUGAUUCCAAGUCAACAGCGGAGAGUGGCGUAUCUGUCUUGGAUGAGCUCACUCCAUACCUCAUGGGUGCCUUCGGAAGUUCCCAAAGGCUGGAUUACGGUACUGGCCAUGAGCUUAGCUUCCUUGCAUUCUUAGGAUGUAUAUGGAAGUUGAGUGGAUUUACGACAACCCUAGGUCAAAAUGGCGAAGUAGAGAGAAGUAUCGUCCUUGGUGUCAUUGAACCCUACCUGAGAGUUGUUCGUCGUUUGAUCCUCACAUAUACCUUGGAGCCAGCCGGAUCUCAUGGAGUGUGGGGUUUAGAUGAUCAUUCAUUUCUGCCAUACAUCUUUGGCUCCUCACAAUACUGUCCACCUAUCAUGGAUGGUGAUCCUAUGCCCGUUGAGGGAGCUCUUGCCGAUUCCCCGAAUCCUGGAGAUAUAGCAAAGAAAUCUGUUGUUGAUAGAGAAAGGAAACGUAAUAUGUAUUUCUCAGCCGUGGGUUUCAUCAACGAUGUCAAGACAGGCCCCUUCUGGGAGCAUAGUCCGAUUUUGUUUGACAUAUCCGGGAUCAGAUCAGGUUGGGGUAAGAUCAAUAAGGGUAUGAUCAAGAUGUACAAUGCAGAGGUGUUGUCAAAGUUCCCGGUCGUCCAACAUUUUCCAUUUGGGUCGCUAUUUCGUUGGGAUCAAGACCCAAAUGCCACCCAAGCAGCGCCAUCAGCCCACACUGCAAACCAACCCUAUGGUGGCUCAAGCUCAAGCUCAAGCUCAGGGCCGACAACUGUACGACAGCCGCAAGAAUCCACAAGAGCUCCUUGGGCCAACCCACCUGGUGGAGCCAUGAGCACAACCGCCGCACCAUGGGCAGGAAAUCCGGGCACCGUGAAUAGUGGAGCUCCGAUAACUCGGGCUCCAUGGGCACAAGCACAGAGUGGGAGUUUGCCAGACAGAUCAAAGAUAGAUGGUCCAACAAGAGCGCCAUGGGCUGACCAACGAGGGCCUGCAGGUCGAUAG